AUGGCGUCCACGGAGCAGGUGAAGAUCGAUCCUCAUGGCACCUCAGUGGCGCCGGCAGCCACGAAACCAAAGCACUUCAUACCGCUGGGAAGCAAUCCCAACUCAGGCACAACCAUUGCAGAGAACAACCCCGAAGUAAUGAGCACCCUCCUCCACAAGCUCGGCCUCUCCCCAACCCUCCAAUUCCACGACGUCUUUAGCAUCGACGACCCAGACCUCCUCGCCUUCGUCCCUCGACCAGCCUACGCGCUCCUCCUCGUCUUUCCCGUAAGCGACACAUACGAGAAGUUCCGACACGCUGAGGAUAAAGAUCUGCCGGAGUACGAGGGCAGUGGGGCAGGAGAGAAGGUGGUGUGGUAUAAGCAGACGAUACGGAAUGCGUGUGGGCUAAUGGGAUUGCUGCAUGGUGUCUCGAAUGGGCCCGCGCGAGCAUUUGUGCAAGGUGGCAGUCAGCUGGAUAAAUUAAUCGAAGAGGCUGUACCGCUCAAACCUCGUCAACGAGCAGAGUUGGUAGAGCACUCGGACGCAUUGGAGUCUGCGCACGCUGAAGCAGCGGUGAUUGGGGAUACGGCUGCACCUGCCGCGGAAGAUGAUGUGGACUUGCAUUAUGUGUGUUUUGUUAAGAGUGAGAAGGAUGGGCAUUUGUAUGAGAUGGAUGGGAGGAGGAAGGGGCCGCUAGAUCGCGGCACACUGGAUGCGGAGGAGGAUGUGUUGAGUGAGACGGCUUUGAAUAAGGGUGUAAGGGCGUUCUUGAAGAGGGAGGAGGAGGCGGGUGGUGGGGAGUUGAGGUUCAGUCUUAUUGUGCUUGCGCAAUCGUUGGAUUAG